GCUCCCGCCCAUGGAAAGACCCCUCACCGUCCUGCGGAUGAGCCUGUACCACCCCACCCAGGGCUCUGCCGUCUUCGCCACUGUCCCCCAGAGGCUGCAGCACGACACCAGCCCGCUCCUGGUGGGGCGGGGCCUGGGCUCCCACCUCCAGCUGCACCUCCCCCGCCUGUCCCGCCAGCACCUGUCCCUGGAGCCCUACCGGGAGCAGGGCAGCGCUCUGCUGGCCUUCAGCCUCAAGGCCCUGAGUCGCAGGGGCUGCGUGUGGGUCAACGGGCUGACGCUGAGGUUCCUGGAGCAGGUCCCCCUGGGCACCGUCAACAGAGUCGUCUUCGCGGGCAUCCAGAUGGUGGUCCACGUAGAGGCAGGCACCUCCCUGGAGGCCUUCGUCUGCUGCUUCCACGUCAGCCCCUCACCCCUGAUUUGCAGGCCCCAGGCCGAGGAGACUGAUGAAUGGGAAGACAUCCCCGAGGAGCCACCUGCCCCGGGUUCAGAGCAACCGGUUCCAGGCCACGUUGGCUUUCCCCAUGGCCCCUCCCAGGCUGUGGACAGCUCCCCCCAGCCACCCACUGGAGGAGGAACAGAAAUACAGCUCCAGAGGGAGUCUGCGGACAGCGGAAGUGGCGCGCCCUGCUAGCCCCACGGCCACCCGAAGCACUCCAUGGCUGAAACAGGACUUGAAAUAUCCUAACUACAUCAUGUGACGUUGACAAGCGAGGCCUGCCUGGCUAAUAAUGAACCAAUUCUGCAAACAUGAACAGCCUGGGGCGGGGAGGGGGGGACGCAGUCUCCCAAUUCUUCAAAGCAAUGGGAACUUCAUAUCCUUUUAGAGGCCCCAAGGGGCCAGGGCAGCCCCUCGCAGCAGAGUUUCCCCACAUUUCACGGUCUUGUCUGACUAGGAGUUACUUUAUGUUGCUAAUUUUGUGUGCCGCUUAAGAGCGGGAGUUUGAGGUUGCUGCAGGAAUGCAUGGACACAUGUAACAAUUACAUCUGUGGUAGCUGGGGGUUACCUUCGGCUUUCAAAUACCCACAGGCCCUGGGGGCUUAGGGAAGCCUGUGUUUAAUAAACUGCAAGUAUUUCAUUAAA